AUGAUGGAGCUGCUCGAGUCUGCCUCGUUGACUUCCCUUGUGGAAUACCUCCUAGAGCAGAAUAACAUUCCCGGGCUGUCCAUUGCGGUUGUUCACAACGAUGAGGUCGCUUCCACGGGCUACGGGGUGGCCAACUAUGAACACGACAUAUCCUGCACCGGAGACACCCUGUUCGAUAUCGCUUCCUGCUCCAAGUCCCUCACUGCUGCUGCUGUGGCGUCGCUUGUAGAUGACAAGAAAUACCCCAAGGUCCAGUACACAGCCCUAAUGUCGGACCUGCUACCGGACGACUUUGUCAUGUCCAGCCCGACUUAUACGCGAGGCAUCACGGUCGAAGAUGUGCUCAGUCAUAGAACAGGCAUGGCCAGCCACGACAGCUCCUACAUGGGCAUCAAGUCACGCAAUCCAGACACUCCCAAGUCCAUCACAAGGAACCUGCGAAACCUCAAACCAGCUGCACCCCUACGCUCGCGCUACCUAUACUGCAACCAGAUGUACACCGUCGCGACGCAUCUCAUCGAGGAAACAACGCAGCAGAGUUUCGCCGACGUUCUCCAAGAGCGCAUCUUCAACCCGCUAAACAUGACCUCCACGACGCUGCAACCCGCCACCGCGCAAUCCAAAGGCUGGUGCGACCGGAUGGCAACGGGCUAUAUCCGGGAAAACAACACCUGGCGCAGCCUGCCACCCCAGAACUGUCCAGAAGCGCAAGGCGCCGGGUCUGUAAUUUCCAGCGGAAACGACUUCAUCAAAUGGGUCAAAGCACUACUGUACUAUGAAGGGCCCAUCACUGAGAAAGUGUACAAAGGUCUAACGACCAUGCGUUCAAUCGUGAACCCGCACGGACGGAGACUAAGAGCGCAUACCACGCCUGCGAUGUACGCGGCCGGGAUGGAGAUCUACUACUACCGUGGCGUGCAGGUUAUAGGUCACGACGGCCGAGAGCCCGGCUUUACGAGCCGUUUCGUGUUCGUGCCUGCGCUGCGGUUUGGGGUGGUGGUUUUAGGGAAUUCUGCUGGUGCUGGGAACGCUGCGACGGUGAUUAUCAGAGCGCUUAUGGAUGAGAUCCUGGGGGUUGCUGUGGAGGAGCGUCCAUCGUAUAGCAAGAAAGGGUCGGAGAAGAAGAAGGCCAAGAACCUUCCGAUAAACACCAAGGUACAGCAGCAGACGAACAGGGCCGAGAAGAAGGGGAGUGAUGACUCUCGGCCGCCGCAGACGACACCCUUGGAGGCUUAUGUGGGGGAUUAUUGGAACCCGGGCUAUCGCAAUAUGACCGUCCAAAUCAAAGAUGGGCACCUCUUGGUGGAUGCGACCGAUCGGUCCAUGGGCUUUACGCUGACAUUCCAUCAUGUCAAGGGCCAGACUGAGUACACUGCGAUGCUGACGGAUGAGGUUGAGCUCACAGACGAGCCAGUCGACGCAGAGUUUGUGUUUAAAGAUGGCAGGGCAAUCAAGAUGGGACUGGCCCUGGAGCCUGCGAUUAAAGAAUUGAUCUGGUUUGAGAGGGACUGA